CGACAAAUCCACUGCUUGACCAUCCAUGCACCUUAACAACGACUUUUACUCGACGCGUUGCUGAUCUUGAAAGACUAUAAUUGGACUUCUUCUUUGCGCAGUGUUCUGCGCAUGAAGGCGCUCUGUCUUUUAGUCCAACUGUCUUUACCUUAAUCGUGGUCGCGCGCCGGCGCGACAACAACCCGCCAAGAUGGGGAAGCUCUUGCGGCUUGAGCUUUUCAAUUUCAAGUCCUACAAAGGUCAUCAUACAUUGCUUUUUGGUGACUCGUAUUUCACAUCCAUUAUUGGCCCCAAUGGCUCCGGCAAAUCGAACUCCAUGGACGCUAUUUCAUUCGUCCUGGGAAUCAAGUCGAGUCACCUGCGGUCUACCCACCUAAAAGAUCUCGUAUACCGUGGUCGCGUCAUGAAGACGUCCAAGAUCAACGAAGAUGGCUCGGCUGCGGCACCCGACACCAAUGGACACACAAAUGGCGCGCAUAACGGCGACGACGAGUCUCAGCCAGCGACACGAACCGACCCGAAGACUGCCUGGGUAAUGGCCGUGUAUGAGGACGAGGCCGGUGACGAGCAGAGAUGGAAACGUUCGAUCACCAGCCAAGGUGCCAGCGAAUAUCGCAUCAACGAGCGCGUUGUGACUUCUCAGGCAUAUAAUGAGGCGCUCGAGGCCGAGAAUAUCUUAAUCAAAGCCCGAAACUUUCUCGUGUUCCAGGGUGACGUCGAAGCCAUCGCGAACCAGUCUCCUCAAGACCUCACCAGGUUAAUCGAGCAAAUAUCCGGCAGUCUUGAACACAAGCCAGAGUACGAGAAAUUAAAGGCUGACCUCGAACAAGCCGCCGAGAACCAGGCGUUCAUGCUGAAUCGGAGGCGAGGCAUCAACUCGGAGAUCAGGCAGUACCAGGAGCAAAAACGAGAGGCCGAGGCCUUUCAGAAAAAGACCGAAGAGCGUGACGAGGCAGUGGUGACCCAGAUUCUAUGGAAGCUGUACCACUACCAGCGCAUCAUGGAUAAGUCAAACGAAAAGAUCAACGAGCACCAGGAGAAUUUGAAAGAAUUCCGCCGGAACGUGGAGGCGUACCAGAGAGAACUCGAGGCUGCACAAAGGGAGCAGGCAGUUGUCGGUCGUCAGGUGGGCAAGGUCGAGCGAGCCAUUAAGGAGAAGGAGAAAGCCGUUGAGGAUGAGGAGAGCCUUUUGAUUCCUGUCGAGACCAAAAUCAGAGAAACCUCCCAAAAUGUUGAGGCUCGCAAACGACAACUGGACAGCAUUACAAAAACUCGUGAUGAGUACGCUGAGAAUGUCCAGAGGUAUAAAAAAGAACUCGCCAAAGUGGAAAAGGCCCAGCAACGGUUUGAGGCACAAUGGAAGGAAAAGCUGAAGAACCAGGGCAAGGAGUUGAGUGAUGAAGAUCGUAAGGAGUACGAUGACCUGCGCCGACAAGCCGACAUUAAGAGUGCGGAAAACAAGUCAAAGUUGGACGUCUUGACCAGGCAACUCAAGAAUGACGAAGCGACUCUCGCCAUUCUGGCUCGGAAAACUGAGCAGGCGCGGACAACCGUGGACAAGCUCAACACGGAAAUUGAGAUGCUUCAGAGAUCUGUGACAGACUUGCAAGAGACUGAGCGCGCGCGGACUGCGGAAAUUGAGGAGAAAAAGAAAGCAUUCAACAACGCUCAGUCCGAGAGAACCAGGAUCAAUCAGAUGCGCACUCAGACAGAAGAGAAGCUCCGGGAAGUCCUCAAGAGGCUUGAAGAAGCCGAUGCUGGCCAACGCCAGACCGCCAAGGAGAGGAAUAUGAAAGAAACAAUAUCAAAUCUAAAACGCCUAUACCCCGGAGUGAAGGGCCGUGUUGGAGAUCUCUGUAGGCCAAAGCAGAAGAAAUUCACCGAUGCUGUUGUCAUUGCUCUCGGUCACGACUUUGACACGAUUGUUGUGGAGACAAACAAAGUCGUCGAUGAGUGUCUAGAUUACCUCAAGAAGCAGCGUUUACCACGCAUGAAUUUUAUCCCGCUGGACAAUAUCAAGGCGAGCACCCCAUUUGCGGCACUGAAAGGCAAGGCUGGAGUUCGCCUAGUCAUCGACACAAUCGACUUCGAUCCGUCUGUUGAACGGGCCAUGGCCUACGCCUGCGGCAGUUCAAUAGUCUGUGACACUUUCGAUAUUGCCAAGUCAAUCUGUUACGACGAAAAGAUAGCUGUCAAGGCCGUCACUCUGGAUGGCAAGCUCAUUCACAAGGGCGGUCUGAUGACAGGUGGACGCUUGCCGGAUAACAAGGGCAACAAGCGCCGUUUCGAAGAUGUCGACGUGCAGCAGCUGAAGGACAAAGCGUCCGAGUAUCGAAGCGAACUCGAGCAGUUGUAUCAGCGCGAUAUGCAACUACGCGACAGAGACGGGAUCCGAGAGGAACUAGCCGCGCUGGAGAGGAGUGUCAGGGGUGACCGGCAGGAGUUGCAAGCUUUGAAAAAGAACCUCCAAAGCAAGCAAAGAGAGCUGGAACACGCGGAAGCACAACUUGCCGAUUGGGAGAAUAAAGCCCAGGAGAAAUCUGGCGAGGUUGACACCGCUCGCAAAGCUGUUGAGAGGUUCCGAAAAGCCAUUGCGGAUGUGGAAGACAAAAUUUUUGCCGAUUUCUGUAAAAGACUCGGAUACAGUGAUAUUCGCGCGUACGAGGAGCAAAGGGGAAAUCUGGAGGCCCAAGCUGCCUCAGAGCGCAGCAAAUUCGGAGAUCAGCAAUCGAAAUUGUCCACAACGCUGAAGUUCGAGGAGUCGCGGCUUGCUAACACUGAGCAGCGACUCCAAGCGAUACAGCGCGAGGUCAACAGGUUGGAGGCCAACAUUGAGAUCUACAGCCAGGAGGAGGCGACCAUCCAGGACAACAUUGAAACGUUGAACACUGAAUUGGCACAAUUGAGAGAAAACCUCGAGGGUCUCAAGGAAGAGCACAAGGAGAAGGUCGUCAAAGCUCAAGAAGCCAGGUCCGAAGUCCAAAAAAGGACCAAGGACAUUGAUGCCAGGCAGAAAGCAAUAGAUGCCCUGGAGACCGAGGUGCAGAAGAACAGUGCCCAAAAGUUCUCCUUGCUUCGGAGGUGCAAACUUGAGAGGAUACAAGUUCCCCUCAAGGAGGGCUCCCUUGACGAUCUUCCCGACGAAGAUGAGAUCCUGAAUCAGGACCCCGAUGCCAUGGAUGUGGAUGAUGAGGACGAUGGUGCUAUGGAAGCUGCUAUGAAUGAUCAUGGAAUAGCAAUCGACUACGACAACCUACCAGAGGACCUACGAGAUUCUGACGAAGACGGCAUCGAAGAGCAACUGGAGCGCAAGAUCUCAGAACUCAACGCCGAGCUCGAAAAGCUUAAUCCAAACAUGCGUGCAGUUGAGCGUUUGGAAACGGUCGAAACGAGACUCAAGCAAACUGACACAGAGUUUCAGGAUGCUAAGGUUGCGUAUAAGAACGCCCAUGAAGCGUUCGAGAAAAUCAAGAACCUUCGCUUCGAAAAAUUUGACAAGGCGUUCAAACACAUUCAAGAGCAAAUCUCCAGCGUCUACAAAGAACUCACGCGCUCCGACGCGUACCCGCUAGGUGGACAGGCUUACCUCGACAUUGAAGAGGACACGGAUACGCCGUAUCUGUCCGGUAUCAAGUAUCAUGCAAUGCCGCCGCUGAAGCGAUUCCGAGACAUGGAACAUUUAUCUGGUGGUGAGAAGACCAUGGCUGCCAUGGCGCUGUUGUUUGCUAUUCACAGCUUUCAGCCCAGCCCCUUCUUUGUUCUGGACGAGGUGGAUGCAGCACUGGAUAAUGCAAACGUCGACAAGAUCAAAAAGUACAUUCGGGAACAUGCAGGGCCUGGCAUGCAGUUCAUCGUUAUUUCACUGAAGCCUGGUUUGUUCCAGGACAGUGAGAGCUUGGUCGGCGUUUAUCGUGAUCAGGACGUGAAUAGUUCAAGAACCAUGACUCUGGAUCUUCGGCCGUAUCAAUAAAUUCGGACUGCUGGGAUAGGGUUUAUUGGCGUCUUCAUAAUGAUAUUGAGCGGAGUUUGGUCUAUGGGAAAUAUACUUGACUUGUUAUUAGGGGCCGUGUUUACUUUGCUCCAACUUGAUUGGCAGAUGUUGUACAUGAAAUACCUCCGUUUAUUUGACGAGCGUGAACAAUGAAUGCAUAUGAACACAACCAAAUAUCGAG